AAAAGCAAAGACUUUUUCCCGACUCUGCAGUUGUCUCAUUAACGUGGCAUGCUUUCCUAUUAAUGGUCCUUUGGAUCCUUUUUGUUGAUUUGCAGUACUUUGAAGAUGUCUCCAAUACUGAGACUGUGUGUGCUUCUUGCUAUGUUCGGCUGCAUUUCUGCAUCACCAGAGAUCUGCACCAACGCCCUCCUGCCGGGAGCAAAAGGAGACCAGGGGGAGACUGGAGAGGAGGGGGAUCAGGGUAAACUGGGAAAGACUGGUCCACCAGGACUUCCAGGAGUCCCAGGGGAACCAGGGCUUAAAGGAGAAGUGGGUCAGAUAGGAAAAAUGGGGCCUUUUGGAGACAUAGGAGAUAGCGGUAAUAAAGGUAUGGAUGGACCUCCUGGUUCAAAAGGGAAAACAGGCACAACAUGUGACUGUGGCAGGUACAGGAGGGUGGUUGACCAGCUGGAUGCCAAUAUAGGCAAACUUGAGAAUGCUGUCAAGUUUGUGAAGAACGUUGUCUUGGGAUUAAAGGAGACCGAGGAGAGGUACUACCUUCUUGUGAAGGAACCCAAGAGGUUUAGUGAUGCUUCAAUGAACUGCAAGCUAAGAGGAGGCACCCUGGCUAUGCCUAAAACCAGCAACUCCAACCGUCUUAUGGCUGACUACAUCAGUCAGGCAGGACUUACUAGGACUUAUGUGGGAGUGCAGGUUCAAAACAAGGACAUCGAUGGAACAAACAGUUACAUCUAUGCAGACUCAAGCCCACUGCAGGGUUUUGCAGCUUGGAGUCAAGAAGAAAAGGCUGCCACCAACUCCAGCUGUGUGGAGCUGCUCAAUACUGGGACAUGGAGCCAUGUAGAAUGUGAAACCUCUAUGUUUUUCAUCUCGGGAGCCAAGAGGGUGAUAAGCAGAGGGGGAAGGAGGAGACGGAGACAAGAGAGAGAGAUGUCGGAACCAGCCGCUAAUCCCGCCGCCACCUCGUUCCCAGCGCCGGCUAUUUCUCUGCCUCUGGGACUGGACGUGCUGAGGACUUACUCUGGUGCGCUUAUCUGCCUAGAAAUAUUUUUCGGUGCCUUGGUAUGGAUCCUGGUGGCCUCCUCCAAUGUGCCUGUGCCCCUGCUGCAGGGCUGGGUGAUGUUUGUGUCUGUUACCACCUUCGUCCUCUCCUCCGUCUACCUCAUUCUCCUCAUCACCGGUUUGGCUGACCGCAUCGCCACCGAUUGGAACUUUUUGGAUGCGGUUUACCAUUUCAUAGCUCUGCUGUUCUACUUUGCCGCCUUUGUGCUGGAGGCAGCAACUACAGCAGCCAACGGAGGAGCUCACAUCAGUCCACUACCAAACAGCACUGACUCUGUCCUGUGCAUAACCCAACCCCGGGGGAAUAUAUUCACAGUCCUGACCUACAGGCAAUACAAUAUUAAUGUGGCGGCCACGGUAUUUGCGUCCGUGGUGACACUUUUCUAUGGCUGCAGUAUGGUGAUGGGAUUCAAGAGGUGCAGGAUGUAACCGGGAGAAUAAGCACACUAAUUUUACAUAUGCUUCACACUAUCCCAAGAUCCAUAAACUGGACUGGUUGUGUCAAACUGCUUCACCUCAUCACCUGCUCAGUACGGACGGAAAAGAGUUUGCCUCACUCAUCUACCCGGAUGUUUUUUUUUUAUUAUUGUCUUUCACUUAAAUGACUAUUAUUUGUCCAUUUUAUACUAUGAUAAUAUUUGGUCUCAUUAGAGGUUGAUAAAACGCCUUUAGAUUUUUAUUUUAAUUUAAAGACCGUACUGUUUUAACGUUCAUCUUUCUCUGAGAAACUGAAAUGCUAAGUUUAAAGUAGCAUUAUACUAAUCUGUGAGGGAUAUUUUCAGAUCCUGUUUGACAGCUUCCUUGUCCCUUUAGUAAAACCUGAAUGGGGAAUUUAACUGGCUGUGAUUGUACUUUACCUACCAAAAUCUUAAUCAUUUUGAGACUGAUGAAAAUUACCUGAGAGAUUUGUUUUCACUCAAGCGAAUCAUCCAGAUAUCUUUGUCCUAUUAGUUUUUAGUCAGACCCUCUCUGACAGAAGAUUUUCCAUUUCUGGUCCAUUUAAAAGUGUUUCGACAUGUUGUUGAAUUCAUAUGUCCACCAAAAUAUUUACAUGCUGUUUGUUUCGUUUGUUUUUACACUAUAAAAGGCAGCCUGAUAGUUUUGGCUACAUUUGUUGUACAGGAGCUGUUAACGCCAAGUAGAUUUAAAGCAACUGGGGACUAAUCUGAUCCGUGAAUUUCUUGUUGUCAGAUUUUCUAACCGUGUUUGGCCUUCAGUCUUUUUCCCAGUGUUUUAGCAGUUGCACACUGUGUGUCAAUAUUUUCCCUGCAUCUCUGUGCAGUACUGUAAAUCCUGCUCAAUGCUCUCUAUCUUUAAUGACUGACUGAUAAAGAAUAUGAAUCCAAGGUCUAAGUGACGUAAAUGUGUCACUGUGUUGAAUUACUGUAAACUGAUCACAGUCAUCGUGAUCAUCAAUUAUUAAACAUAAACAUUUUUAUUCUGAACAUCUCUUGUCAUAUAAUUGUAUGACUUACUUAUGUGUACUAAAAAAGUGUUUAUAUUUAACUGUGUUGAUGUAUUAUUUAACUGUUUGAAUCAGUAACUAGUUCACAUGAUACACUUGGUAAUUCAUUUGAUUUAUUGCAUGUUUGUUUGCUCUGGGCUGUUCAUUUGAAUAGUUUUAAAUGAAAAUUUUUGGAUGUUUUAUUGAUGGCUUUUUUGACAUUUCAAAUGCAAGUAGAACAAGAGAAAUAAACGUUUUAAGAUUAAUCCAA